UAUAUUUUCUUCACCAUAUAUCAUUCACUCCAUUGUCUGCAACCUGCAUCAAAACUUUUCUUCACUAGCUGAAGUAAUCUUACUUUUUUUGAGGAAGACGAUUAAGAGAGAUGGCUGAGCUGCAGCCUCUUUUUGAGACCAAACAAGCAAAGGGGAGAGCUGCUUUCAAGGUGUUUACAGCAACAGUUUUUGCGGGGAUAUGUUUGAUGUUAGUUUACAGGUUUCUGCAUAUUCCGAGAGGUGGAGAAGAAGGAAGAUUGACUUGGAUUGGGAUGUUUAUUGCAGAAGUUUUGUUCAGUUUCUACUGGAUUAUCACUCAGUCUGCUCGCUGGAAUGUUACUCAUAAUUUCCCUUUCAUUCGGAGGCUCUCUCAGAGAUAUGAAGACAAGUUACCAGGAGUUGAUGUAUUUGUGUGCACAGCUGAUCCAAUUAUGGAGCCACCAACUUUGGUGAUCAACACUGUUUUAUCAGUGAUGUCCUUCAAUUAUCCUCCCGAGAAACUGAGUGUUUAUCUAUCUGACGACGGUGGAUCGGAGUUCACAUUCUACGCCCUCCUGGAGGCCUCUCAUUUCUCUAAAUUUUGGAUACCCUUUUGCAAAAAAUUCAAAGUUGCACCCAUGUCCCCUGAAGCCUACUUCUCUCAGCAGCCUGAUGAGAAAAAUGUAAUUCAGGUUGAGGAAUGGUUAGCUAUCAAGAAAAAAUACGAAGACAUGAAACAUCGAAUCGAAUCAAUCAUGGCAAAGGGAAGCAUUUCCGAAGAAGUAAGGAGUCAACACAAAGGAUUCUCGGAAUGGUAUAAUUCUGAAGUAACAAAGCAGAACCAUCAGUCGAUUGUGCAGAUUAUAAUUGAUGGGAAGGACACAAAUGCUGUGGAUAAGGAAGACGGUAGAUUGCCAACAUUAGUGUACAUGGCACGCGAAAAAAGGCCAGGAUGGCCUCAUAACUUCAAAGCUGGAGCCAUGAAUGCACUGAUAAGAGUUUCAUCAGAGAUAAGCAAUGGAACCAUCAUCCUCAAUGUGGACUGUGACAUGUAUGCAAAUAAUCCGGAUGCAGUAAGAGAGGCAUUGUGUUUCUUCAUGGAUGAAAUGAGAGGCCCUGAAAUUGCUUUUAUGCAACAUCCACAACGUUACAACAAUAUCACCAAAAAUGAUCUCUAUUCUAAUUGUGGUCACGCUGUUCAUCAGGUUGAACUUGCUGGCAUUGGUGGCUAUGAUGCGGCUUUGUAUUGUGGCACCGCGUGUUUCCAUAGAAGAGAAAGCCUAUCCGGAGCAAAGUAUUCUAAAGAUUAUAGAGAACAUAAAAACUCAGAAGCCAAAGAGACUGAUGAAAGAAGAAAUGUUGAUGAACUGGAAAAGACCUCAAAAAUUCUCGCCAGUUGUAGCUAUGAGAAGGACACUGCUUGGGGAAAAGAGAUGGGAUUGUUAUAUGGUUGUCCAGUUGAAGAUGUUGUUACAGGUUUGGCAGUCCAAUGCAGGGGAUGGAAAUCAAUGUAUUACGAUCCACAUAGAAGGGCCUUCAUUGGAGUUGCUCCAAACACUUUAGAUAUUCAUCUUGUUCAAUUCAAGAGAUGGUCUGAGGGCUUGUUUCAGAUCUUUUUCUCAAAGUAUUGCCCUUUCAUAUACGGUCAUGGAAAGAUCAAACUUGGUGCCCAAAUGGGUUACUGUGUUUAUCUUUUAUGGGCUCCAGUCUCCUUGCCUACAUUUUACUAUAUAAUUGUCCCUCCUCUCUGCUUGCUCCAUAGCAUUUCCCUAUUCCCAAAGGUGUCAAGCCCAUGGUUCAUACCUUUUGCGUAUGUUUUCAUAGCCAGGAAUGUGUACAGCAUAAUUGAAGCCCUGAAUUGUGACAGUACACUGAAGGGUUGGUGGAACUUACAGAGAAUGCUGGUGAUUCGAAGAACUACAUCAUUCUUUUUUGCCUUCGUCGAUGUAAUUCUCAAGCAACUGGGGCUAUCUCAAACAGCGUUUGCCCUCACUGCCAAGGUGGUGACAGAAGAUGUGUUAAAACGAUACGAUCAAGAGGUGAUGGAGUUUGGAAGCUCAUCUCUCAUGUUCACAAUUAUUGCAACAUUAGCUAUGCUGAACCUCUUCAGUCUAGUUUCGGCAAUAUUCAAGAUGAUUUUUCAGGAUUUUGGAGCUCUAGAAAAAUUGGUGUUUCAGGUUAUUCUUUGUGGGCUAACGGUUCUGCUAAAUAUUCCAAUCUAUGAAGCACUCUUCAUCCGCAAGGACAAAGGUUCCUUGCCCUUCUCUGUCAUGUUCAAGUCCAUUGCUAUAGCUUCAUUGGCCUGCCUAAUUCCUUUAAAUUAGAAUAACUUCUAUAUUGUAUCUUUAAUUUUAGAACCAUCCUAGUUUUUGGAAGUUAUUUAUGUAUUUAUACAAUGAGAAAUAAUUAAUCUUUAAGUGAGUGUUUGG